AUGGCCGACGUACAGGAAGGCCAGCAGCAGCCGGAGCCGGUGGAGGCGAUCGAGGCCCAGGAUGCCGAGGAUGAGACGUCUUCGUUGAGCGGCACGCUGACCUGGGACGGCAAAAUCUGCAUGUCCCCGAAGAAAGAGGGCGCCAACCGUGUUCUGGACGUGGGAACAGGUACCGGCAUCUGGGCUAUGGACUAUGCGGAUGAGCACCCCGAAGCAGUUUGUGAUAGCGUCCCGCCGAACUGCAGGUUCGAGAUUGACGACAUCGAGAAGGAGUGGACUUGGCAGGAGCCCUUUGACUUCAUUUUUGCAAGGCACAUGAACGCAUGCUUUGCCAGCUGGGAGAAGUUCCUCAAGCAAGCCUACGACAACCUCGAGCCCGGUGGUUACAUUGAGCUGCAAGACAACGCGUUUCCCAUCCUGUCCGGCGACGGCACUCUGAAGGAAGACGACCCGAUGGCGCGCUGGUCGACGCUGAUGAUGGAGGGCACGGAACUCAUCGGACGCCCCAUCACGGUGCCCGCCAUCUUCCGGCAGAUGCUCCAGGAGGCCGGCUUCGAGGACGUCGUCGAGCACAAGCGCGUGUGGCCGACCAGCCCGUGGCCCAAGAACGAGGCCCUCCGCGAACUCGGGUUCUGGACCCAGGCCUGCAGCCUCGACGGCGUCGAGCCGGGCGCGCUCGCCUUGUUCACGCGCGUGCUCGGCUGGACGAGGGAGGAGGUGCUCGUCUUCAUCGCCAGCGUUCGCAAGGAUUUUAAGAAUAGAGAUAUUCACGCAUACUGGAACGUGUACUCCGUGUACGGUAGGAAGCCGCUGAAGGAGCCUACUCCUGCCCCUCCUGCCCCUCCUGCCCCUACUGCGCCUCCUGCGGGACUGUCUUAG